GAGAAACCGAAAGAGCAAAAAUAUGCUGAGGUCGUAAUUCACAUUUGGAUAGCGACACUCGUACGUUCGACUCCCUUUUGAAUAUUUCCUUGGAGAUAAUAGUACAACAUAUUAGCAAAUUAUUGGGGGCAAUAGUUGACUCAUCAAGGGAAAGAAUCGAAGCAUUAGGUCUUCUUCUUAACAGCCAUGAACGGAUCGACCAAGUCGAAAUGGAUGACAGGACUUGUGAUUCUGUUGAUCGCGACUGCUUGUUUGGUUGUGGCAUUUGAACUGAUAUCAUUGCAUAAAAGAUCUCUCGAAGAUAAAGGUGAGUAUUGAAACUAUCUUUUUAUUGCUGGGUAAAAGGAUUGAAUGCAGAAAUCAAAGGAAAAUUUUUGCGAGUAUAAAUCUCUGAAGAUAUAACUGUUGGCGUGAGAGUUGCUCAACAUUCUUACAGAAGUUAACUAGCUCAUUCACCAAUACUUUGUUUCAACAAUGACCUUUUCUCCGAUGUUUGCUUAAGUCUAAACUUAUUUGUUAAAGAUACUAACAGAACAGCGAUGGAUAUCAGCAGUUUAAGCUUACUUUCGACUGUGAACUUGAGAGCAAGAAAAUGCUUCGAUAGGCAUUUUGCACGAACUGAUGUAAAGCUUUUGUCUCUCGAUUUAAUCCGCUGAAUAAUUAAUGUAGGAUCUCCUGAAAAUUUGUUGAAAUAGUAAAAAUAGUUCAUCAGCCAUCUAGAAUCUUGAAGUUCGGUAUAAAAAUUUUGAUCCGUCUCGUCUCUCCUUAACAGAUACACCAACACUAGCGACAAGUUUUAACUGCCGUCAGAAGCCAUUUUGUGAUGGAAACGCUACAUGCAAAACAAAUCCAAAAGAUAAGACUCAUUUCAACUGUGUUUGUAAUAAUGGCUUCGAAGGAGAUGGAUUCUCUUGUAAGGACGUUGAUGAAUGUAAAAGAAAUGCUGCCACAUGCAGUCAGCAUGCAUUUUGUAUAAAUUCCAUUGGCUCGUACGAUUGCCGCUGUUUGAGAGGAUUCCACGGCAACGGUUACUCCUGCGAGGAUAUCGAUGAGUGUCAAAGAAAAAUGCACAGCUGUAGCGACCAUGCAGUGUGUGACAACACUGUAGGUUCCUUUAAAUGCAGUUGUUUCGAUGGAUUUGCGGGCAGCGGACGGUCUUGUUACGACAUAAAUGAAUGCAAAACUAAUGCUCACAACUGUAGUGUUUAUGCAUCAUGUAAUAACACUGUGGGCUCCUACAUGUGCAGUUGUCUGGAAGGAUUCCAAGGUGAUGGAAAGUCUUGUCAUGACAUCAAUGAAUGCAAUACUAACAGACAUGCUUGUAGUGUUCAUGCAUCCUGUAAUAACACUCAAGGCUCCUACACAUGCAGUUGUCUGGAAGGAUUCCAAGGUGAUGGAAGGUCUUGUCAUGAUAUCGAUGAAUGCAAGAGUAACACACACGCCUGUAGCGUUUAUGCAUCCUGCAAUAACACUGUUGGCUCCUACAAGUGCAGUUGUCUGGAAGGAUUCAAAGGUGAUGGACGGUCUUGUCGCGAUAUUGAUGAAUGCAAAACUAACUCACACGCCUGUAGUGUUCAUGCAUCCUGCAAUAACACUGUCGGCUCCUACAAGUGCAACUGUCUUCAAGGAUUCCAAGGUGAUGGACGGUCUUGUCAUGACAUCGAUGAAUGUAAGAUUAACACACACGAUUGUAGUGUUUAUGCAUCCUGUAAUAACACUCAAGGCUCCUACAUGUGCAGUUGUCUGGAAGGAUUCCAAGGUGAUGGACGGUCUUGUAAUGAUAUUGAUGAAUGCAAGAGUAACACACACACCUGUAGUGUUUAUGCAUCCUGCAAUAACACUGUGGGCUCCUACAUGUGCAGUUGUCUGGAAGGAUUCCAAGGUGAUGGACGGUCUUGUCAUGAUAUUGAUGAAUGCAAGACUAACUCGCAUGCCUGUAGUGUUCAUGCAUCCUGCAAUAACACUGUCGGCUCCUACAUGUGCAGUUGUCUGGAAGGAUUCCAAGGCGAUGGACGGUCUUGUAAUGAUAUUGAUGAAUGCAAGAGUAACACACACACCUGUAGUGUUUAUGCAUCCUGCAAUAACACUGUGGGCUCCUACAUGUGCAGCUGUCUGAAAGGAUUCCAAGGUGAUGGAAGAUCUUGUCAUGAUAUCGAUGAAUGCAAGACUAACUCGCAUGCCUGUAGUGUUCAUGCAUCCUGCAAUAACACUGUCGGCUCCUACAUUUGCAGUUGCCUAGAAGGAUUCCAAGGUGAUGGACGGUCUUGUCUCGACAUUAAUGAGUGCAGUACCAAUAAACACAACUGUAGCGUUUAUGCAUCCUGCAAUAACACUGUCGGUUCUUACAAUUGUACGUGUCACAAAGGAUUCAUGGGGGGUGGACGAUCCUGUCAGGAUAUUAAUGAAUGCCAUACCAAUAAACACGAGUGUAGUGAUCAUGCAUUUUGCAAUAACACUAUCGGCUCUUACGAGUGCAUUUGUCGACGGGGAUUCGUAGGGGGCGGACUGUCAUGUCAUGACAUUGAUGAGUGUGGCGAUGGAACUCACAAGUGUGAUAGGAAUGCAGAAUGCAAAAACAUUAUAGGUUCUUAUGAAUGCGUGUGUCGAUCUGGGUUUUCCGGCGAUGGUUAUGUGUGUCAAGAUGUUGAUGAGUGCAGCGACGGAAGUCAUCUUUGCAGCCCUCAAUCCAGGUGUGUAAACAUCCCAGGAUCGCACAACUGCACAUGUAACAACGGGUAUCGUGGAAAUGGACAGUCAUGCAACGGUGAGCAUAAAAUUAGCGAUUGAAGCGCUAUAAAUAGGUAUAGCCUAUGGCCUACACUAUAAUGGCUCUUUUCUAGACACUCCUGGUCUUGUGGUAGGAGCUUGAUAUUUCUUUGGUUGCUGUUCGUUUACAAUUCUAUCGCUGGAUGAGAGGGAAAAUUAACUUAUUUAAUUCCUUCGUAGAUAUCAACGAGUGCAAGGAAGGGACAGCCGAAUGCAAUUCGAAAGCAAGUUGUUCGAACACGCCUGGUUCUUUCAGCUGUAAGUGCAUUGUGGGAUACCGAGGCGACGGGAAAAGUUGCCACGAUAAAGACGAGUGCAGUAGUGGUCAGCAUUGUUCCAGGAAUGCAGACUGCAGAAACACCGAUGGCUCUUAUACAUGCAGUUGCCAUUCCGGCUUCUAUGGUGGUGGUUUUUCGUGUCGUGAUGUGGAUGAGUGCAAAGAGGGUAUCCAUAGUUGUCAUGCAAAAGCUCAGUGCUCGAAUACCUGGGGAUCAUACAGUUGUUCCUGUAAGAAAGGAUAUCAUGGAAAUGGCAGGCAGUGUAAGGGUAAGCAAGCUCUGCUUCUAAGCUUGUUUUUGCUUUGAAUUUAUCAAAACCUUUAGUCAAAGGGCUGUUACCUUGCAUUAAUAGCUUAACCUUCAGGCGGAGUAUACUGAAUUUGUGAACCAUCAUUUUAUUGUUUAAGGGGUGGCAUGACCACAACUUCAGCUCUCCCAACAGCGCUAACAGUGUUACAUCUUUGAAUGCACCCAUGAAAACCUUCAUUUGUAAGAAAUGCGGAUUGAAUCUGUUUUGACAUUGUUUUCGUUUGUUUUGCAGCUUCUUCUGCUGGACUGCCCCAGCCACUCAUCGGAAUUUUUCUAUUUGGCACUUUAAUCGCUUUUGCGUUAUAA